AAGCCAUUGCCAUUGGCAUGCAUUUGGUCUUUUGAGUCAGUUGGAUUUUAUGAUCAAAUUUGUGCUUCAGGAAUGCGAUCAGACAGGAGGGCAAUACCUAGAGAACACAAUAUUUGAAGUGUAGCCUUCGGGCUAACAAUUACACAAGGGUAAUCCUGCAUAGGAUGGCUGAUGAGGACGAACCCGCGUACGCUCUACCUCACCAAAUCAUGGCUAACAAAAUCAAGAACCUGGUCAGCAAGAAAAAACGUCGUUGGAAAGUCGAUGGAUUCGAUUUGGAUCUAACAUAUAUCAAAAGCAACAUCAUCGCCAUGGGGUUUCCAGCUGAGAAGCUCGAAGGGGUCUACCGAAACAACAUCGAUGAUGUUGUCAAAUUUCUUGAAAAAAAGCAUAAAGACCACUACAAAGUGUAUAACCUGUGUUCAGAAAGAAACUAUGAUGUGUGCAAAUUCCAUCGGCGAGUAGCCAACUAUCCCUUCGACGACCACCAUCCACCUGUCUUCGAACUGAUCCGGCCAUUCUGUCUAGACAUGGACAAAUGGUUGUCAAAAAAUGAUCAGAAUGUGGCUGCUGUGCAUUGUAAAGCAGGAAAGGGAAGAACGGGAGUGAUGAUAUGCGCCUACCUCCUCCAUGUGAAACAGUUUACUGAUCCAGACCAGGCAUUAGAAUAUUAUGGUGUAACACGGACAAGUAAUAAAAAGGGUGUGACAAUACCUAGUCAGCGGAGAUAUGUUGAAUAUUACGGUUACCUGAUCAAACAUGAGUUACACUACAAACCGGUCACGCUUCUGCUAAAGGGAAUACAGUUUUCAACUAUCCCAAGGUUCAAUAAUGGUUCAUGUAGUCCGUUCUUCGUGGUGAACCACAAAAAGGUCCGAGUGUACACUUCACCCGUCUAUGACGUCAAAAAGGAAGCUAAAGAUCUUGACAUGGAGACGACACAGUCUGUGCCGGUUUGUGGUGACAUUCAGAUCGAGUUUUUCCACAAAACAAAAAUGAAACCAAAGGAAAAAAUGUUUCAUUUGUGGAUCAACUCAUUCUUCAUGAAUCCGCCUGUGAACUCUUCUUCACGAGACUGUAAUGAUACUAGUUUAUCAGUUGUAGGACAUGUGCUUAAAACAAAUUCUAUAGGAUCCAACCACACACAAUCCAAAACUCUCUUUCUGGAAAUACAGAAGGAUGACAUCGACAAAGCGAACAAGGACUCGACUCAUAAAAUCUUUAGCUCAGAUUUUAAGGUAACAUUAUACUUCACAGAACCAGAGGAUCAACUCGACGAAUCAGGUAGCAAUACAGAAGGUGCCACAAUCAAUGAUAUAGAUCGCAGGGACAGUGACGAUUCAGUUGACGAGAAUGCUGAUGAACGAUUAUCAUGCACGGAUUCAGAGUCGGAGUGGGAUGGGGCAGAAAUUACGCGGUUAUGAUAUGGCGAGAACUAUGUGCUCCAAGGAUAGCGUCUGCUGGGGCGUGCAAUUUUCAUUGCCUGACACAAGGAGAAAAUCAAAUGAGACAACACUGCAUACAAACACACCAAAAAAUCAUCUACCGCUAACGUGUUUCACUGUGGCAUCACAAGACUUGAAAACUGUCCAUGAUUGACGAAAUAAACAUUUUUUACAAACUCACCGUGAUUUGAAUGAAUUGCACGCAUAGAAGUUUGCCAUCAAUGACAGACAAUGAUCUAUCGCUGGUUCUGUUUGCCAGGGAAUUUGUCUUUUGUAGUGGAGUGGCCGAAUGCGGUUAAAUAAUUGGGUCAGGCUGAUGUCGGAAACAUCAAUAGCUAACCCUAUAAGUCUACCACUUCAUAUCCGUACAGCAGAACUCCAGUGCUGAAAAUUGCUUGGUCUUGAGCAGGCUUUGUCUGAUCAAGUGUGGGAAAAAGUGCAUCUGAUGUACAGUGGAACCUUCCUUAGCGGACACCUCUCUAUUAACAACACUGUUAUGGUCCCAAAUUGGUUGUUUCCAUUCAAUUUGACCUCUCUUAUCAGGACACCUCUCUAUCAAGGACAGCACUUGUCAGUCCCGACUGUGUCCUUAAUAGAGAGGUUAUACCGAACAACUUACAAAUACAGGGCAUUGGAAAUCUUUAGGUAAAUCAAAAUAUGUAUGAGCCAAAUUGUUUGCUGGCGUAACUGGUCGUCACUCUAUGGCCUUGGCUGUCACUUGGGUAUGCAUGAUUUUGUUAAGUAGUGUUAACAAAAUGACAGAUUCCAGCAUAACUCUGACAGUUAGUUUUCCUUUUCUGCAGUCACUCAUCAAAGAAGGUUGCUUACAUCACUUGACAAAUCUAUCAUACCCGAGUGACGGCCACUACCGACUGUGGCUCAUUUGGGGUUCAAGUCAUUGGUUGGCUUGGUGUCUGUACUUGCCACUGAGCAGUCAAGUAAACAGGCAGCUGAAAUUUGGACUGUAUGAGAACUGGACACUGGCUCCAGAUUUAAGGUGCUUAUGAUAAAUAUUUUGGAGACAGUGUGCAACUCUGAUGGAUCACACGGUAUUUUAAAGAUUGGUUGUUCAUGAUUGGCCUACAACUUAUGAAUCAACUGUGUAUUUUGUCAUUGAAAAAAAAUAGGCUGAAUUUGAGCUCGCCUUCUGGUCAAAAUAGAUGAAUUGCAGAUGUGGAGAAUAUAUAUUUGGAAAUACUUUCCUCCUCUAAUGCCCACAUCCCAAACAUGGCUGUAUACACGCACAUAAAACAUCGGAUACAUGUAAUUGUAUAAUCAUUUUCCUUAUCCAAUUUGUACUUCUGAAAAUCCUAAAUUUUCGCGCUGAGCAAAAUCUGAACCUCUCUUUUACCUCAAGACACUUCUCCUUAUUACAUUUUGUAUUGUUCCACCUGGCGAUAUUUUCCUAAAACGACCUCGCUAGGUACAGUUCUUACUCUGAUAGGCAGCUCUUUAUUUGAACUAUUGUACCGAUGGCUAGUCUCAACAGUGCCAUCAUCAAAGCAUCUGUUUUGUUUAACAGUUUUCUCGAAAUUCAAUUUUAAUAUGUCAGUCUAUAAUAUUCGGCUUAAACAGGGAAGAACACCUCUAAUGUACUUGGUCAAACCAUUGUAAAUUUUGGACCAGAGUCAACCAAUUGUGAUCUCCUAUACAACUGCCAAUCUUAUCUAUAGUGAUAAGUGUGUUUCUUCCAUGAAGUUAAAAAAGGGUAAAAUUUGUACCUGACCUCUGUAGUGUAUACAUGAAAUCAUUAUGUAGAUUUAUUUUCAUUAAUAUCCAAGAUGGCUGCUAGGUUUAGUGUAUAACAAGAGCAGUGUGAGUUUAAUUGAUGUACUCAUCAUAGCAGCUAGCUACCGUAGUGUUACUGGGUCUGGUUAAAGUUAUCUUUUCCCCGGCUUUAUGGUUGUGACUUUUUUCUACGUCAUAUUUUCAUCACAGCGGCAUAUUUGCCUCAGGCCUAUUAUUGUAGGAAUAUGAAAUAGUGUGUAUCGUUAUUUCAUCCCACAAAAUCAGUCUUUCGAAUAUUUGCUUGGUGAGAAAAGUACAUUGUAAUUGGGAGAAUUUGUUUACAUUUACAAAGAGUGAAUUAGUACUGUAUAUACUCUUUCACUUGCCUGUCGACCGUAAAGUUGUAAAAAAUAAUCUGAAAACUACUGUUAUGUUUGUCCGAUUGUUGUCAUCGUUUAUUUCUGUGAGCAUUGUUUCCAAAAUUGGAGCAUCUUGACCCGGCCAUUAUAAAGGGUUGAGCAAUCAUGUGUCGAUCUGCGCAUUUGGUAAUGAAUACAUCAGAAUUGUGUGAGUUUCUGCAAACUUCUGCAAAAGUCAUGUUUUGUUUAAAUAAUGGUCACUAAAUCAAUCCAAAAAGACCACAAACACUCGGUCUUGAAUUGAAAAGGGGCUUUAAGCAGGAGCUAGGUGGGAAUUUAAGUUUCUCCCAAUGGUGGAUAGGUGUCUCUUGUUUCUCACAGAAAAAUCUAUUAGUUAAACCAGACCCAUUUCACUAAUUGUGCAUAUGCUUGUCACCAGAGACGCCUACGGCCUACAAUGUACAUUUGUACCUUCCUCCUUUAAUUAGACUUAUUUCAACAAGCAUUUACUAAUGAGAGUUUAUACUGGUACGUUUAUAGGUCUAUCAGAUUAAUGACCGCCUCUGCAAAUGUCCAGUUUUCCUGGUAUGACGUCUACCACUGGCUGUGUUUUCCUUGUUGCAAGUAGAGGAACUUGAAGCACAGUCAUUAUUUUCUGAUAAAUCUGUGUCAGUUGAUGAUGUGGCCACACAAUUAAGUCAUGACUUACAUCCUGCUUCCUUUUGAUCGAAUCAUCAACCUUUUAAAAAAAAAAAAAAUUUAUGACUUGGCGGCGGGGGGGGUUACUACAUAGCAUAAUCAGCUGGAGUGACACCUCAGUUAAAGAGUGGAUUGCAUUUAGAAUGACCAGUGAGUUGUAAUUUCACCCUCUGUAGGUCAUGAAGAACAUGUAUGUGUGAAAAGAAAGUGGUUUUUAUCGCUACAAUUUCCAUCAAACAUGUCUUAACCCUUAGAACCCAAGCAGCCGAUUUCCAGACGGCAAUCCAGAGGCACAUAUAUCAGAGGCACCUAGAGUAGGGGUGCCCGUGGGUGUCGGGGAUACAGGGUUCUAAGGGUUGAAUGUGUGUUAGUCAUGACCAAGUAUAACUUUUCAGCGUGAUGAAUUGUUUGUCUUUUGGCUUUUUGAUGAAAGAUUAUUCACAAGUUUUUUUUUAAUCAAAGAAGUGGGCAUUAUGAUGAGUCAUGAGGAUUUGCUCAAGGUUGAUUAAAGUUAUAGACAACAGAAUCUUCUUAUCAAGGGCAAGCCGCACAAGUAGUACUGAUGGUUAUCACUGAAGCGUAGUUUCAGAGUGUACGUGCUACAAAUUGUAUCCAAAAGUGAACACUAACUGUUUGUAGACUGUUUGUGUGCAUUUUCUUUCCCAAGAUGGCAGUAGCAGACUGUGUAGUGGUAUCUGAAUUGGUCAACCAACCAAGAUUUCAUUUUAUCAAGUUUUUAAAUAUUGACCCUAAGUUUGUUAGCUACAGGGAAGAAUUAGAAACUUCUUUUUUAUGUGCCGUUCUUUUUCAUAAGUUGCAUAUUUUUAGUCUCAGCCUCUGUUCUCAGACCCCAAUUUGCUGAGCCAGGUUAUAUGGCAUACCAGUAUUGAAAAGCAAGUGGUGGUCUACUUACAUUUCACUGAAUGGACCUCUUGGUGUCAGGAGGACACUGAACAAUCACUCUGACAAUUUCAUGGUUUCUGUUGACCAAUUUAGGUCACAUGAAGUUGUGUUGUCAGUUUUGUUUUAGGAUGUCUAGGAGUUUCAUUUUCAUUUUCAUACAAAUUUGAAUUGGAAAAUGAGGUUCUCCAUCCCGCCCCAUGAUUUAUGUCGUAAGGACCAGUUACACGGUUGUUAACAUUGUCAGGUUUUAAACAGGCAUGCUGCAUUGUUGUAAUAAACGUACUUGUCCAUAUUUAACCCUUUGUGACUUACGGUGUCUUCUGUACCAAAAUUCUGGCUGUCAUAAUUCCAUCAUCUAAAUGAAUUUCAAAUUGUACAUUUCAAGGUAACUAUGAUAUUUGUUGUUUUGCUGAUGACCCUUCCUACAUGUAGACGAUUUUAAAGAUUUUGUUGCAGGAUUUUAAUAUUAAAGUACCCGGUACUUUCUCAAAAUAUUGAAAAUGUCCUUACAAAUUCAAGGUUUUAAUGAUUUCAGGGUUUGUUAAUUGUUACGGCACAAGGUUAAUAGUAGAUUUCUUGUGAAAUUUUCAAGUUGAGAUAUUUUCAAUACAGCUGAAAGUUUUUAAUAAAGUUUUACAAAAUUUAGAAUAAAAUCACAAAUGGAGGAGUUGCAUGAUGUAAUAAUGUGCUAUAGCUUGCUAGGAAUGUAAAAAUCGGUGUGUGGCCCAGGUGAUUUUUAUUGACUGUCAAUCUAUCAAGUAACAUAAAGUAUCAUAAAAGAGGUCACAUUCGUUUGAUAAUAUUUGCAGUUUUCUGUUUCACAUCUGAUCAAAUUUGUGCGACAAGGACUAGACUUUUUAUUACAGGAACAGAAUCAGGAUGGUGAAUCAUGUUUUAACUGAAAGGUGACCAUUUUGUUUGUUUAUUUGUUUUAUGUGGUUGUCUGCUUCUGUAUGUACCCAAUUACUGAUAUGUGCUGUCCAAAGUCCAAGGUAGUUUAAUGUACCCAGUACUCAGUGUCUUGAAUUCAGUCCCUUGAAGAUCAUUUAAUGAUAGCGCUGCUGUUGGCAUUCCUGUCUUAAAAUAUUGUUUGUUGGUACAAAAGCUGAUAAAAAGCUUCAAACUGAAUAACAUUUGAAAAGAUAAUCAAUUUUAGAGUUUGAUGCUUAAAUUUGGGGUAGAUAAAGAACUUUCGAAUUAAAAACAAAAUUGCUGUGAUCCUGCAGAUGGGGGAGGUUGCUUCAAAUGAGCUAUAUGUUGGAUGUCAAAACAGUCGUUUACUUGAUGUAGCAGGGUGUGAAAAUGUAACUUUUGUUGAGUAUAGAAUUGAUAUUGAAGAGCGAGUUGUCUUAGUAUUAUGGUCUUGUUUCCCGUUGUCGAGCCAGUAAUGUUAAUUCUUGUGUUUGUCAGAAAUCUAUGGUCAUCUGUUAUACUUGAAUCAGCUUUGACCAAUAACAUAACUGUAUCCAGAAAUUUGAGGAAAUGUUGGUAUCGGUAUGUAUAUGCUGCCAUAUUGGAUGACAAACGUGUCCAUGGAUGGCAAAAUGAUCUGUCAGUGCAACUCUACUGAUGGGCAAGUGAAAUUUCUGCCUCAUUGGCUGCUGAUGCCACAGAAUGCAGUGCUUUUGAACUGACGUGCCCAACAUUGUUUCAAUCCAUGACCAUGUGUUUGCCAUCCAAUACAUGAUGGUGUCAUCUGCACUACUAUAUGACUUGAGGGCAGAAUUUUCUUCACUUGGUUGCAGUCUGCUUCAUUGUGAUGGUUAUACAGUCAAAUGUACAGAAUUGUUCGUAUGAUGAAAAAUAAUUCCCCCAAAGGAGAUUUUGUGAUCCUUUGAUGUUAUAAUUUGAGGAGUGAAGUAUUAGAACUCCCGUAUUUGUAGAGUUUGUUGUUCAUCCUGACUCUGCUCCAUGUGCCCAUAUCAUGCCAUCAGUGGGACACUUAGUCGGAAAAAAGUUCAAACUUUCUGAGAAAAUCUGCCAGAGCAACUAAAGUUCUUAAACCAUUUAUAUCUGUGUCAGUUUUAUCAUCUUUUCCUUCUUAUACCUUGACCAUGCUGGGGUCUUCCAGGUGUCGUUUUAGUUGUUUUCAUGGUUCUGCUGUGUUGGCCUUUACCAGCAGUUCUUUAGCCAAUACAUAUUUUUCCGACUGGGUCGAGGCCAACUCCCGAACACCAUGUUUUCUCAUAAAAGUGAUUUGACUGUCUGAUGUCUUCUGUUGAUGUCUUCUGAGUGAUCCAAAAGUUCAGUAUCCAUCAACAAAGAAAUCAGAAAUGUUACUUGUCUCCAUAACCCAUUCUUAAAAUGGGCCUGAACCUUGUAAACAGUGGCUGGUAUCUUAACUGUAUUUUUUCUGAUUUUAUCGUUUUUAAUCUGGGAGUAAGAUUUUUCUGAGAAGUUUUGACCUGUUUUCUGACUUCGUUUUACCACCGCACUACUAUAUUCAGGUUGUCAUGAUUAAUAAUUAAUCAGUUGUUGUCUGUUUCUAUCAAUAACUGGUCAUGAAGUAUAUUUUUGUAUGAAAAAAGAGAUGUUUUAUAAUGCUUACACUAAUGUAUACAUCAAGAUGAGGUUAUUUUAAGAGUUGUGUGGCCUCUUCCAGAACACUUUGCUUUAGAAUGCUUGCAGGUUGAUCAUCCAUGUCACUCAAGCUCACACAGUUGGCGACUCUACAUUGCCUUGAAUGAUUUCAGAAACUUAUUUGGAGAAAAAUACCCCAGAUUUUCUGCUUGGAAUUUCAAACUUUAGUUCUGGAUAGAAUUGUGCAUUGUCGUUAGGCGUGUUUGAAUUGGAGUUGAUAUAAGUCUAAGCAAAUGUACAGGGUGUCUAAAAAAAAGUUUACCCGAAUAGAUGAUUUAGGGUGGGUACACGUUUUUUGAGACACCCUGUAUUACCAGCGGUCGCUAUUGCUUGAUAGAAGGGAAGGGAAGUGAAGUAUUCUGGGAAAAUUUCUUAAAUGGGCGAAGAGAGUAAGCAACUAAAAUGCUCUGGGUCAUCAGUAAUGCUGAGUCUUCCUUGGCAUUGUGGCCAAGUCAAUUAUUUUGAAUAAAACAAAUCAUUUCCAUGGUGACCAGUCACAAUGUACAUGCACUGGUUACGGGCACAACUGACGCGCCAGAUGUGGGAAAUAGAAAUUUUGAGAAUAAGAAAGUGGCUCCUUGCCAAAGAAGGACAGUUUUUAGAUGAGCAUCGCCAUCAGUGAUUGUUUUAUUUCGACAGUGAUGUGGAUGGACAAUCAGUUGGUUGUUUUGUGUUUGUAAUGACUAGUGAAUGACAGAUUCAGGUGUUGGCAAAUCGGAAAAGAACACUGGUUUCGGAAAUUAUUCAUGAGUGCAAUGUCAUCUGCUGUAUGAUGUUGCAUUUGUAUUUGAAAGAGAUGAUGCCAUUCUUUUGUUGUUUCAUUGUUGAAAGAUCCCCACUUCUGACUUUACAGCUAGGGUGAUGGUCUUGGCAAGAGUUGUAACAGUUACAUAGUUAUAAUUGUCUUGGUUCUUGGGUUGAUUUACAGUCUUGUCAGAAUUGCCAGCACCUAUUUGUUUUGGUAAGAUUCUCACUUGGAAGAGGUGUGUUCUGGACUGAAGCUCAACAUGAAUCAUGUGGUUAUUGUUCCUCGAUGUUGAAUUGAUGUGUGCAUAUUUUUGGUGGAAUACUGAAAAAUGUUUUCAGUUUAAAGAUGUUUUGUAAUAAAUAUGACAUCCAUUAUUGAGAAAUAAACAAAGUUGUAAAUAAUAGUUUCCAGAA